AUGCCUAAUGUUAUAAUCGAAGAUUUAAUUUCAUUGUUUUUGAGACAAAAAAUCGAUAAAAAUACACUUAUUAAAAUUUUAGAGAUUUAUAAAAUAUCACACAAGGAAUUUAAUAAAGAAGUUAUAGAGAAAAUUCGUGAAAGUACUAAUAGACCCAUAUUAAAGAUUAGUACAUUUUUAGAUGAUUCUUAUCUUAAGAAAUUAAAAAAUAUGGAAUUUCCGAAAUCUACAACUCUUUGUCAUAAAAGAUACGAUUUUGAUGAGUUAUACAAAUCUAACAAAUUUAUUACAUAUAAGAGUAUUUCUAGAAUGCUUUCAGUUGAUGAAAUAGCAUCGAAAGUUGAUCAAUAUUAUAAAAUAAUGAAUAUUAACUGUCGACCGGAUAAAGAUACAAUUGAAUACUUUCAUAAAUCAAUAGAGGCAUACAUAAAAAAAUUAAUAGAGAAAUGUGAUAAAUUAGAUACUAAAACUAUAAAAAAGAUGUUAGGUAAAGAUAAACAUAUAUUGAAUAUUUAUGAUAUCUAA